CGCACUCUGCUGGAAGGCCUCUUUGACGCCGUCUCUCUCCAGAGUACUCGGUUCCUUGGACUGUGUGUUGCCAAACACUUGGCGAAUUCUUCAGGCUCAGCAGCUCCGCAUAUCGGGAAUAGACAGCCAUGUCUGUGAUGGCCGAUACCAUCUUCUAUGGAGGUGAUAUCAUCACCAUGGAGGAGCCCAAUGCCAACCCUCGUUCUGGAGCCGAUCCUCCACCCAAGGUCGAGGCUGUGGCCAUCAGCGGGGACACCAUCUUGGCUGUAGGUACCAUCGACGCGGUCUUCCGCCAUGCCGGACCCCAGACCCAGGUGUAUUUCCUGAACCAGCAAACCCUGAUGCCUGGGUUCAUCGAGCCCCACCAGCAUGCCAUCCAGUGUGCCCUAAUGCGCAGUCAGUACACCAACAUCGGUGCACUCAGUUACAGAUCCUACGAUGACGUCCACGCUGUCAUGGUGAACAGAAUCAGUGAGCUGGCGGCAGACCCCAAUAACGAGUCCUGGGCCAUCUUCUUCGGCUGGGACCCAGAGCUCAUCCCUGACUUGCCGACUCUCAGCGCCGAUUUCCUGGACGUCAACUUCUCUUCCACCAUCCCGAUUGUCGUGAUUGGACAGAGUGGUCAUGUGGCCUGGGUUAAUCACCCAGCUCUCAAAGCACCAAAACCAGAGAUUGGACACAAUUACCAAAGUCCACCAGGAGGUACUGUAGUACUUGAUGCUGAAGGCAGACCUACGGGACAACUGUUUGAGGAGCCUGCCAUGAUGCUCGUUAUGAAAGAAGCCCCUCUACCCAGCGAGCAGGCCAUGGCCGAGUCCUUCUAUCAGCAGUGGAGAUCCUACGCCUCGGCCGGUCUGACUACCGUGACUGACCUUGCAUACAUGCCCAUGCCAGAGCUGGAUGCAGUGCUGAAGAAGGCUGCUGAUGCCAAAGAUUUCCCAGUUCGCCUGGGUCUGUAUAAGAUGAUCCAUGCAGUGAAGGAUGCAGACGUGACGAAAUCCCCACCAUUUCCUGUUGCGCAAGGCCAAUGUGUCAGCCAGCUUAUCCGCAUUGGACCCAAGAAGGAAAAGACUGCCGGCGAAGGUGUUGGCAACUACAACUCCCGACUAUGGGAAGCUGGUCUGAAGCUAGUAGCCGAUGGUUCCCCGCACUGCGGCACCGCAGCUACCCGUGAGCCCUACCUGUUCACCCCACUGACCGAGACCCUAGGCUUCCCCAAGGCCCCCGGUUAUGGCGUUCUGAACAUGGAGACUGAUGCACUCUUUGACACUGUCAAGAGACACCACCAAGAGGGGAAGCAGCUGGCGAUCCACUGCCAUGGGGAGAGAAGCUCCGAACAGGCCCUGAAGGUGUAUGAACAGGUGUUGGCCCAGUUCCCAAAUCAAGACAACCGCCAUCGCAUGGAGCAUCUUGGCCUGAUGACUGUGGAUCAGAUAGCUCGUGCUGGAAAGCUUAACUUAGCUCUCUCCUUCUUCGUGGAUCAUCUCCGCUUCUACGCCAAGGUGUACAAGACCGACAUUUUUGGUGACAGAGUUGAUCGUUGGACUCCACUGUCCGAGGCUACCAAGAGUGGUGUGACGUGGACUAUCCAUCAGGAUCAUCCCACGUUCCCUGGAGAGGCCAACCCUUUUGCCAACAUCAAGACGGCCGUCACUCGCUGCACCAGAGACGACCCCAAGACUCCCUACGGUCCAGAGUACCGCGUGUCCAUCCAUGAAGCCCUCAAGUCCUACACGGUCAAUGCUGCCUGGCAGCUUCACCUGGACCAAAAGGUUGGAAGCAUCAAGGCCGGCAAGAAGGCCGACUUUGUGGUGCUCUCUGAGAACCCGUACGACGUGGACCCGCUCGACUUGGAGCGUAUUCGCGUCAUCGAGACCUUCGUGGAUGGACGCCGCAACAACCUUGCCAACAUCAAGACCAUACCCACCGUCAACGUCAAGGUCCUGGACCGAUCUUUCCAGCAAGUACAGUCUGCUACCAAAUGAACAAAUAGAAUGACAAUUUUUCUCCAUGCCUCUGUUUAAGAGGGAUAAAGUAGGCCUUGCAUCGUUAAAUAACCUAAACGAGUAUACGAGACUGAACAAACAUACAAGUUGAUUACUUAAUAAUCUUUAUUUAACAUAAACAUUGAGCAUGUGUAUUUCCUAACAAAUAUUGCACUAUUUGAAGAUCCACCACCCGACUUGGAUUCAUUGUCAAGUGACAUUUAUUUAAAGUAUUGCUGGUUUAAUGAGGCACAAAAGAUUAUUCUAUUUUCAUAUAAUUUGAAAUUGCUAUUCAAUGACAGAUGACUGAACUACAUGUCAAUUUUGUAAACCAUUUCAGAUCUUUAGUACUUGUUUGGAAGUAAAAUUACAGCUUUCAAGUGUUUAACUAAUGAAGGGUUGGCAAGACAAUAAAAACAAACUGCAUUGAAAAAAAUCUGAACCUCUUCACUGGUCUGUUAUUGUCUUGCAUGGUAACUUUUAUAGCAAUUCAAAAUUUCUUCAAUGCAGCAUGUGAGAUUUCUGAACUACCUGUUUCACAUCAAUUUCAAAUCCAAGUACCUAUUUAUAAUUUGUCCAAUAAGAAAUGGGAAUUCAAAAGAA